GAUAGAAAGAAAGAAAUUCACAAUUCCUCGUUCUCUCCUCAUUCAUUUUUUUUAUUUUUAAUCUUUUAUUUUUUUCUUUACCCCUCGAAGCAAAAAGCAAAACAUUCCUCUCUCUUUCCAAAUUUCCCUAUUCUCUUCUCUCCCUACCUAUCUUCCAUUGGAUGAGAUCGAAUCGGAUCGGAAAAAACAACAUAUUGAUUAGUAGUAGUAGAGGUGGUAGUAUCAAGUAAGUAUUAAGAAGAGAUCAGAGAAGGGAAGAAGAGAUGAUGCACAUGACCUUUUAUUGGGGAAGGAAGGUAACGCUGUUGUUGGAUUCGUGGAAGACGGAGACAUGGACGGAGUACGCCCUCACCCUCUGCGCCUGCCUCCUCUUCUCCGUCUUCUAUCAGUACUUGGAAGACAGACGCCUCCGCUUCAAACUGAUUCUCUCCUCCUUAAACAACAAGACUCCUACUCCUCCUCCUCCUCCUCCCUCCCCUUCCAUCAUAGAUGAUCAUCAUACCCCUCUCCUCUACCAUAAGCUGCUCUCCUCCUCCUCUGGCGGCCGCUGGAGCCCUGCCAGGUUCGCUGGAGCCCUCCUCUUCGGGGUCAACUCCGCCCUCGGAUACCUCCUUAUGCUCGCCGUCAUGUCUUUCAACGCCGGCGUCUUCCUUGCCAUCGUCGUCGGCCUCGCCUUUGGCUACUUGCUCUUCAGGAGUGCCGAUCAAGAUUUGCUUCUCCUUGACAAUCCUUGCGCCUGUGCUUAAAAACCAUAUAUAAUAAUCUGAAUGGUUUGAUGGUGGGAGACUUUGGAUCUGAAAUAUCCGGGGAGCUUUUCUGUGAUUGGAUCUGAAGAUCUCAGUGUGUGUGUGUGUGUGUGUGUGUUCCCCCCCCCCAACCAAUACCGAUAGAUGGGGGAGCUUUUCUAUAUUACAGACACAUCUCCCUUUCUUUCUCUUGCGUUUAUUGUCUUUUCUUUUCAAAUCUGUAUGUGUGUAAUUGUAUCCUUGUGAAUAAAUGAAUGUCGAAAUGGUUGGGGGUGGUUGUUGAUUUUCAUUUUUUCAUUUUUUUUUGGUUUUUUGGAGCUGUUUCUUUUAAUCAACGCUUAAUUAAUAAAACGGAUCUUUUUACUGGCUA